GGGUGUUACUUGGCUUCCCAGGUUGGAAGAUUAUCUCACCCAGUCCUAGCUAUAUAAACAGAGCGGCGUGGAGGAGCUAGCUCAGCAGGGCCAACCGAAGGGAUUCAUUCCGCAGGAAGAAAGCAUUAUUCAGACGAACUUUAGGCCAACAUGAUGAUGCUGAAAGUAGAAGAGCUGGUCACAGGGAAGAAGAGUGGCAGUGGGGACACUGGGGAGUUCCUUCCUGAGGAUUUCCCAGAUGGAGAGUAUGAAGCUGCUGUUACUUUGGAGAAGCAAGAGGACCUGAAAACACUUCCAGCCCACUCCCUCAGCCGUGGGGAGCAACAAUGGCAGAUUGAAAAACAACGAGAGGCAGAGCUCAAGAAGAAAAAACUAGAACAACGGUCAAAGCUUGAAAAUUUAGAAGACCUUGAAGUUAUCAUUCAACUGAAGAAAAAGAAAAAAUACAGGAAAACUAAAGUUCCUGUUGUAAAGGAGCCUGAGCCUGAAGUCAUUACAGAACCUGUGGAUGUGCCUCAGUUUCUGAAAGCGGCCCUGGAGAAUAAACUGCCAGUAGUAGAAAAAUUCUUGUCAGACAAGAACAAUCCAGAUGUCUCUGAUGAGUAUAAGCGGACAGCUCUUCAUAGAGCGUGCCUGGAAGGACAUUUGCCAAUUGUGGAAAAGCUAUUGGAAGCUGGAGCCCAGAUUGAAUUCCGUGAUAUGCUGGAAUCCACAGCCAUCCACUGGGCAAGCCGUGGAGGAAACUUGGAUGUCUUAAAGUUGUUGCUGAAUAAAGGAGCAAAAAUCAGUGCCCGGGAUAAGCUGCUCAGCACAGCGCUGCACGUGGCGGUGAGGACCGGCCACUAUGAGUGCGCAGAGCAUCUCAUCGCCUGUGAGGCGGACCUCAAUGCCAAAGACCGAGAAGGAGAUACCCCGCUGCACGACGCCGUGAGACUGAAUCGGUACAAGAUGAUCAGAUUGCUGAUUACAUAUGGCGCUGAUCUCAAUGUCAAGAACUGUGCUGGGAAGACCCCGAUGGAUCUGGUGUUACACUGGCAGAAUGGAACCAAAGCCAUAUUUGAUAGCCUCAAAGAGAACUCCUACAAGAGCUCUCGCAUCGCUGCAUUCUGAGAGAAAUGACGGCAGGCUCUCAUCAGCCGAUUUUCACCUGCGUUUGGAAGGCACCGACCCGAUGAAGAGCAGCUAGUUAUAAAAUCCAGCUUCUCCUUAUCAACCUGGGGUCAAGCGCACCUUAGAAAGUUUUAAGAAAGCACAAGGGAUAUAGACAUUGAAAUGUCCCUUAGUGAAACUCACUCUAUUUAUUUGUACGUAUCCCUGUUUAUUUAUUUAUUUAUUUUUAAAGGCACUUCACCACCACUGGUGCUCAGACCAUUUCUGGUGGUCUAUUUGGUGAGCAAAGUGGAAUUCAUAUGCAACACCCCAGGGCCUUCCCGUAGAUAGUUCUUAGACCAUGUUAAUGAGCAGUGCUCUUGGUGACUACUGAUGUGUCACCUCCCUCAGGUAGGACGUUUCGAGGUGUUUUAAAAGACAAAGGGGAUUAAUGGCCCCCUCUUUUCUCCUGAAUUUGUAUUCCUGAAGUCUGAGGCAAUGGAAGGCAAGGAGUGACGGAAGCAGUAGAAUAAGGAGACUCUGUGAGAAGGACAGGAAAGCCAGCCGUGGUAGAGCUGGGCCUGGCAUUUCUUAGUGAGCCCGGCAGGUGCCGAGGUGAAGUGAACGUCGAGAGUGUGAGCGGAGAGCAGUGCAAGAAGCAUUGGGCAGCUGGGCCCUGCAGAGUGGGAGCUGCUCAAACAGGAUGAAAGUGAUGGCAAAUUGUAAAUGUGUAAAUGUGUAUUAUGUCAUAUGUAUAUUUUAUAUUCAUAAUAAAAGCAAACAAAUG